UCUUAUUCUAAAUGGUGUCUCCUUUGCGGUGGCAGGAGUAAUGGUGCUGCCCUGUGAUCAGCCAAUAGCACAAAGGGGUCCCUGCGAUGCAGAAAUUCCUCGAUGGACGUACUACAAGUCGAUGAACAAGUGCGUCAAGUUCACCUUCGGCGGUUGUAUGGGCAAUCAAAACAAUUUCCGCACUCGCUACGACUGCAGAAUCAACUGCGCCCAAAUCGUAAAUAAAUCUUCGAGACUUCAUUUGCCACCGGCUUACAAAGACAAGAACGAACCACUUUUGUGUAAGAAAAAGAAGCAGAAAAGAAACGAUCGAAAAUCGAGAAAACCCGAUUGUGACUAAAGUAUUGUCUUGAACGUAGAUCACAUAUUGUGGAAUAAAUAAACCAAAACCGUGAUAAAUAUAUAUGGAUUUAUAAAAAUGA